AUGGAUCUCAACAGUCUGAAGGACACCGUAUCCAACCUGACCUUGUAUGAUAUCAAGGCAGGAGUACGCAAGGUCCAGAAUGCUGUCAUGAACUACACGGAGAUGGAGUCCAAGGUGCGCGAGGCCACGAACAACGAGCCGUGGGGAGCAUCGUCAUCGGUGAUGCAGGAGAUCGCCAAUGGCACCUUUAACUACCAAACCCUCAACGAGAUCAUGCCCAUGAUCUACCGGCGAUUCACAGAGAAGGCGGCCGAGGAAUGGAGACAAAUCUACAAAGCCCUCCAACUGCUCGAGUAUCUCAUCAAGCACGGCUCAGAGCGUGUUAUUGACGACGCUCGAUCCCACCUUACCCUCCUGAAGAUGCUGCGCCAGUUCCAUUUCAUCGACCAGAAUGGCAAGGACCAAGGCAUCAAUGUGCGGAAUCGCGCCAAGGAGUUGACUGAACUCCUCGGCGACGUCGACCGGAUUCGAGCAGAGCGAAAGAAGGCCAGAGCAAACAAGGCAAAAUACACUGGUGUCGAGGGAGGCGCGGGCCUCGGGGGCGGGUUCUCAAGCGGCGGAAGCAGCCGUUACGGCGGUUUCGGCAGCGAGAGUGGCGGCUACGGCGGUGGCCCCUCUACCAACUUCGGUGGUUACUCUGGCGGCGUGUAUGGCGACGGAGGUGGGUUCGGCGGUGAGAGCAGCGACUUCCGAGACACUGGCCGACGGGCGGGAGGUGGAGAUCAGUUCGAGGAAUACGAUGAGUUUGACGGACACGACAACCCCGAGCCAUCACGCCGCAAGACAACGGAACGGGCUGGCACCAAGAAGACGACGCCCGCGCCCGCCGAGCCUCCAAAGAAGAAAGAGCCUGAAGUCGAUAUGUUCUCAUUCGACGAUCCCGUUCCCUCCUCGUCCUCGGCAGCUCCUGCAGCUCCGUCCAACGGCUCUGGUUUGGCUUCGUUGUCCACGACCACUGCUCCAGCCGCUGCCGCCGCCAAUGAUGAUGACGACUUCGACGACUUCCAGUCCGCUACACCGGCAGGGCAGACCUCUGCUCCCCAAUCUUCCGCUUUCGGAAACCCGCUCAUGACGUCGAACGCGUCGGGCGCCACGUUUGCGGCCCCAGCGCCUGUGGCCGCUCCAGCCAACCUCACGGACAUGAUGGGCUUCUCGUCCAUGACUCCACCUCCAGCCAGCAACACGACUUCCACUCCCACGGCAAACUACUCUUCCUUUAGCACUCCUCUCGCGUCUUCCACGACCAUGUCACCCACUGGUAACAAGCCUCUGGGUGGUGGCUACCAACCGUCCGGGCCGAAUUACUUCACUUCUGUACAAGCUGCCACUCCUCAGUCGGCCUCGACACCAACCUCGGCCGGCGGCAUGGCGGCCCUGAGGCCUACAGGAACUGGGUCAUCGGCCAAGAAGCCUGCCGGUGGUGACGCAUUCGGUGCACUGUGGGCAAAUGCAAGCGGCACUGGUGCCAAGAAACAGAGCACGGGAGGUGGUCCAGCGCUGGGCCAGCUGGCCAAGGAGAAGAGCAGCGCCGGCAUCUGGGGUGCUCCAGCUUCGCAGUCGAAGCCAGCGGGGAGCAGCCAGCCCCCGGCCAACACUGGAAGCUCGGGGCUGGACGAUCUACUGGGGUAG